GCCGCCGCCCCUCACCAUGCUACCUGCGGCCGCCCCGGCGAGGCCGCUCGCUGCUCGUGGAACCUUCGCUCGCGGUGUUGACAGCCACCCCUGCGGAACGGCCGCGGUUGAGGGCUCGGACAAUUUGAAAAUACAGUAGUUGGUUUCCCUGCACCCGACCCGCUUCUUCGUUUGCCAUCCCAGCACGCCUAUCGGAUCUGAGUGGAGAAGUUGUCCGCUGCUUGGGGUCUCCCUCUCUAUACGCCUAACACUUACCUAUAUUUCUAGAACAUUUAAUAUAAUUAACAAAAGAAAAGGAGGAAAGGAAAGGAAACAUUACUGGGUUACUAUGCACUUGCGACUGAUUUCUUGGUUUUUUAUCAUUUUGAACUUUAUGGAAUACAUCGGCAGCCAAAACGCCUCCAGGGGAAGGCGCCAGCGAAGAAUGCAUCCUAACGUCAGUCAAGGCUGCCAAGGAGGCUGUGCAACGUGUUCAGAUUACAAUGGAUGUUUGUCAUGUAAGCCCAGACUAUUUUUUGUUCUGGAAAGAAUUGGCAUGAAGCAGAUUGGAGUGUGUCUCUCUUCAUGUCCAAGUGGAUAUUAUGGAACUCGAUAUCCAGAUAUAAAUAAGUGUACAAAAUGCAAAGCUGACUGUGAUACCUGUUUCAACAAAAAUUUCUGCACAAAGUGUAAAAGUGGAUUUUACUUACACCUUGGAAAGUGCCUUGACAAUUGCCCAGAAGGGUUGGAAGCCAACAACCAUACCAUGGAGUGCGUCAGUAUUGUGCACUGUGAGGCCAGUGAAUGGAGUCCUUGGAGUCCAUGCAUGAAGAAAGGAAAAACGUGUGGUUUCAAAAGAGGGACUGAAACGCGGGUCCGAGAAAUAACACAGCAUCCGUCAGCAAAGGGUAACCUGUGUCCCCCCACCAGUGAGACAAGAAAGUGUACAGUGCAAAGAAAGAAGUGUCAGAAGGGAGAACGAGGAAAAAAAGGAAGGGAGAGGAAAAGGAAAAAACCUAAUAAAGAAGAAAGUAAGGAUGCCAUACCUGAUAACAAAGGUCUGGAACCCAGCAGAGAAACUCCAGAACAACGAGAAAACAAAGACAAACAGCAGCAGAAGAAGCGAAAGGUCCAAGAUAAACAACAGAAAUCGGUAUCGGUCAGCACUGUACAUUAGAGGGUCCCAUGAGAUCGUUGUAAACUCAUGAUGCUGCUAUCUCAACCAGAUGCCCAGGACAGGUGCUCUAGCCAUUAGGACCACAAAUGGACAACGUGUCAGUUACUGCUCUGUCUCAACAACAUUCCAGAUAGUUGCUAUAUUCUUUGUACAAGCAUAGCUAACAACAAAGAGCCAAAAGUUCAAAGAAGGGAUGUUUUCAAAUGGUUAUCUAACACGCUUCUGUGCAUUUCUAAGAGACAAGAAAUUUUGUAUAUAAUUAUCAAUAGGCUAUAAGAUGUAACAGCAUAAUGAUGACAUCUGGAGAGCGACAUCUUUUUCCCUAUAAAAAUAAUUUUUCAAGCUAUUGCUUUAAGAAGCGAAAUAUAGUUCUGCAAAUUCGAAGAGGCAAUAUCCCUUCAAAGUCAAUAAGAGAUCAGGGAAGAGAAACAUCUUUCAAAGAACAGUGUUGUUUUGUCCAGGAGAUCUAGAGAGUGCUCAGACAUUAGGGCCCGGCAUUUGGAAUCGUAGGAAUUACUACCACCGAAACGACCGUUUUCAGAUUGGUUCUAUUGCCUUCACCCUGUCCUUCGGCAAGAAACAUGAGAGUGUACACCAGAGUUAAGCAUACUGUGUGGGAUUGGAAAAAGGCAAAAUGUGGAAGAAACCAUAGCGUUGGAGAUGACUUCUGUGCUUUACAAAACUGUGAAGGGUUGUGAUUACCUGGAACAGAUCUCUAAUCAAUGUCAGCACUGUGUGGUUCAGCCUCUGCUACCCCUUGGGUUAUAUAAGUCUGUAAACAUGUACUUGUAAGUUCCAAAAGCAAAAUCAUACUUAUUAGAAGAAAAUUCUGAUUUCACAGAGAAGCAAAAACUAGAGCAAGGAGACUAGAACAUGUUUGCAAAAUCAUGUGUUUUCUGCAGGAAAAACAAUUUUAUUACCACCUGGAACUAACAGGGGAUACUACUUUCUAACAAGGUGUAUCUAGUAGGGGGGAAAGCCACCACAAUAAAUAUAUUUGUUGAUAGUU